UUAUGCACGUUCUGCACCUAAAGUGAAAUGAAUACACCUUUUUGACGUUCGAAGAAAGAGAAGAGAGAUCAAAAAUUUAAAAGACAAAUGGCCUGUUGUUUUUAGCUGCAGUGUGUUGGUGUGUAGGACGAAAAGGAAGCAGCAAGGGAGAAGCAUGAGAAAUGUAAAAAAAUUAUGUAGUCUAAAUUGGUCUAAAUUAAAUAUAAAAUGUUUCGGAUCAACGCGACUCAUUCUUUUAUUACAUUCGGCAAAACAAAUCUGAGAUGUCAUCGGAGUGCUCUCUUAGCUGCUCUUACGUCAUUCUAUCUUUGUUCAGUUUCAGUAAAUAACAAAGACAGAAUGUGUCAACAGAGCUUCCAGACCAUUCCAGACGCCUCAGAUUUGCUUUGCCCAACGCACCUUUUAUAGAUCGAUCUUGCGACGAGUAAAGAUUGUGUUUUUGAAGCAGUUCCGUUGGAACAAUAUCGCUUGAAAAUGGAGAGGUUCCGAAACAUCGACUGGAACCCUGCGUUGGAGGAUAUAAUAGACGAGGUGUUUAUCAGAGACGAGAGAAUGGAACGUGAGAGCGUGAUGUACCAAAUUAUGCAUGAUAACUAUAAAGAUCCAUUUGAAGAUAUUGAAAAUGAUUACGACGAUGUCGAUAUAGAACAGAUUAAAAAAUACCUCCGCGAGGACGAUGAAAACAUUCCCGAUUUCGAGGACAAAAAGCUGCAAAAAGCAAAGAAUGGAGAUGAGCGCCCUUAUGUGCCUGGCAUAAGGACAUCGUUUCGUUUUCCUAGACAGUCUUAUUUGAAUAAGGCUGAGCAAGCCUGUUGCCUUCGUGUUAUAUUGAGAUUAUCUAAUAAAGAAAGCACCUCAACCACAAAUGGAUUGAAAGAGAGUAGAGAAUACCACCAAUACUUAGACAUGCAAGAAAUAAUAUCUAAAGAACAGAAAGAAUUUCUAGAAUUUGCAAUGCACAAAUGGGAUGAUACUUUUAAAUGGUCAAUCAAAUGUAUGAAAUUUAUAGCAAAGAAAUGGAAAGCAAAGAUGAGGAGAUUUCAAACAAAAUUACCGAGAUAUUAUGUUGAAUUGAAAAAUAUACCACUUUCUGUACAGAAAAUUAAUUUCCAAAAUAAAGAAAUUAAAGUAACAGCUAUAUCUUGUUUACGACAGAGCACAGCAAUUUCAGAAUUGACAUUGCCGUUGCUUGACCGUCCAUAUAUGUUGAAUAUGGAGCCUGAAAAAUUGCUUGAAAAAUACCCCCCGUGCAACGCAUCCAACAAAGUAACAAAACAUUUCGAAUUACCUGUGAGCGAGGAUACAUGCUGCGAGAGUCUCGCAAUAGAAACUGGAGCAGAUUUUGUUAUCUCGUCUAGCGGCCUCAAGUGUCUAAUGAGCAACGUAGAUCCGAAUCAUUCAACCUCAUGGCUCAUACCAGUAGUCGUGAAAUCGCAUCAUGGAAAAAAUACUGUUUACGUUGAUAAGAGGUUACCACCUACUAUAGCUACUGUACCACAAAAAAAUACCUGGGUUUACAAAUACAUCCUUAGAGACUAUUUUACUGAUGUUAAAAAUAAAGCAAAACAUAUGAAAGAAGACAAACUCGAAGAGAAGGCUGGAAAUUAUUCAGAUACGGAAAGUGAUUUAGCUAAUGAUCAUCUUAAAAUUUAUGAAGAAGAUUUGUAUUCCUUACAUGAUGAUUUGUAUUUAUCCGAUGAAGAUAAAUCAGAAAAAUCGAGUGAUCCAGCAAGUGACAAAGUUGAUUCUAAAAUAGAUGAGCAACAAAAUGUAUCAUAUAAUCUUAAGACAGAUGAACCGGGGAAAUCGGAUGAUUUAGCAAGUAGCAAAACUGAUUCUGAAAUAGAUACGCAAAAAAAUGUGUUUUAUAACUUUUUCAAAAUAGGACCUGUAGCAUCUCUGGAUUAUGAACGGAUAAAAACAGAAAUAAAGGAAUAUAAAAUGUUGGUUCGUACAAAGAUAGAUGGCAAAGAGAUGCUGUCAAACGGUCACUUACAGUCUUUAAUAUUAGCGCCAAAGAUGGAACAUCAGUUAUCCUUUGGAGCUGAAGCUACAACAUUGGAAGAAGGUUUGCAUCAAUGGGCAUCAUUAAAAUUUAACCCGAAAACAUCGUUAGCUAGAGUUAGGAUAGCAGCUGAUACUUCAGAAGUAAUACAAAUAGAAAAACAUACAUUAAUGUCACUUGGUGUUGAAAUAAAACGACUCUAUAAUGUUAAAGUAGAGGAUUCUCUCAGUAUUUUACAUAAUAUAAUUGAAGGAUUAUCAUCUUUGACUCCUGGCCAAUACAUUAUGCAACAUAUCCCACAGAGUGGACCAUUUGCUUAUGUUUACAAACAAGCCGAUUAUAGGAAAGAUGCCUUCGAUUUACAUACGAUUUGUCAAUCCGCAACAUUUGAAACAACACCCAAAACACCAUGGCCACCCAUAGACAUUAUGAUGACAACACCAGCCAUUAAGUGUUUUCAAAGAAUGCCUGCAAUGUUUAGACCAAAUAAUCAUCCUAAUAAAUUUUUGGGUAGAAGACGAAAGAAAAAUGAUAGUGUCACUAAAAGUCAAGUUUCUGAAUCUCUCCGAAGAAGUGGUCGACUACAAAAUACAACCUAGAAAAGAAAACACGAUAUAAUUUUCUAAAAGUUCUUGCUUUGAAGAGAAAGACUUCAAAUAAGUGUUUAUUUAAUUUACAAUGGAACCUCUGUAUUCUUUAUUCUAUUUCUAAUUGCUUCUAAUUUCCUCUUUUUGUGCUGUUCUCUAGUUAAUUUUAUCAUGUUACAUCACAUUUAUUUAUGUAUUAAUGUUUGUGAUAAAUUUAAAAUGUCGCAUAUGCAAAAUGACGAUUUUAUAUAUCCACAGUCAUAUAUAAAAUAUGAAAGUGACGUAAAAGAGAAAGUGAUUAAGUAAAGAAUAGUUAAUUUAAUGUGCAAUGCAAUUAAUACAAAAUACAAAAUAGAACUAUAAUUUUGUUGAUAUAUAAGAUAUAUAAAAAUAUUAUCGAAUAUUUUAUGAACGUGUUAGAAUCAGAUAAUGUCUAUAUUUGUGAACUUUUCGCUGGAAGAACUUACUCUACAUUUUAUUUUUCUAAAAGCAUAAGUAUAAUAAGCCAUUACAAAUUUUAUUUUUUUGAUUUUUUUACUGAAUACAUAACUAUACGACAGUGCGAAAAAUAAUAAAAUAUGGAAGUUUACUUUUAUUGACAUUAAUCUGAUUCAUAAUAUAGAUAUUUAAUCAUUAAAUGAACUUAUUAUUUUAGUUUUAUAGUUUGAGCAAGCAUACAAAUGUUUUACAUUGGAAUAUUUUAUUUUAUAAAUUGUUAGAAUAUCUAUACAAAUAUACUUAGAGCUGUGCACAGGUACACAAGCAUUUUUUAUAUAUGAGUAUAUGUAUGUAUAUAAAUGAAAGAGAAAUAAAAAAACUAUAAAAUGUU